UAGAGCCUGGGUGGAGUUCUCCAGCCACCAAUGCUGGAAGGCUCAGGAGGUUUCAGUGGCCCUGAGUGAAGAGACCCAGAGGGAGCAGGGAGAGCUGAGCCACCUACAGAGCCGCCCUGUCACCCACCGCUGGAUUUCUCCAGCCAGGACCAGCAGCCAUGAUCAGCACUCAGGGACCUUUCCUCUUUCCCAUGGCCCAUGUCGUCCUCUUUGUCUUCACGGCUUCCACCAUAUUCCACCUUCAGCAGCGGCUGGCGAGGAUGCAGCCUCCGUCGUGGGCGUCACAGGCGCCGGGGCCGAGGCCAGCACCCACGCGGGCGCCAGGCGGCAUCUGGACGAUCAACGCCAUCGGCCGCCUGGGGAACCAGAUGGGCCAGUACGCCACGCUGUACGCCCUGGCCAAGGCGAACGGGCGGCCGGCCUUCAUCUCCCCCCAGAUGCACAGCUUCCUGGCCCCCAUCUUCAGAAUCAGCCUCCCGGUGCUGCACAGCUCCACGGACAGCCAGGUCUUCUGGCAGAACUACCACCUGAACGACUGGAUGGAGGAGGAGUACCGCCACAUCCCCGGCAAGUACGUGCGCUUCACGGGCUACCCCUGCUCCUGGACCUUCUACCACCACCUGCGCCCCGAGAUCCUCCAGGAGUUCACGCUGCACGACCACGUGCGCGACGAGGCCCAGGCGUUCCUGCACCGCCUGCGGGUCAACGCGAGCUGGCCGGGCACCUUCGUGGGGGUCCACGUGCGCCGGGGGGACUACGUCCACGUCAUGCCAAAUGUGUGGAAGGGUGUGGUAGCCGACCGGCGCUACCUAGAGCAGGCCAUGGACUGGUUCCGGGCGCGCUACAGCUCCCCAGUCUUCGUGGUCACCAGCAACGGCAUGGACUGGUGCCAGCAGAACAUCGACACCUCCCGCGGCGACGUGGUGUUCGCUGGCAACGGCAUUGAGAGCUCGCCUGCCAAGGACUUCGCGCUGCUGACGCAGUGUAACCACACCAUCAUGACCAUCGGCACAUUUGGGAUCUGGGCCGCCUAUCUCGCUGGAGGAGACACCAUCUACCUGGCCAAUUACACUCUCCCAGACUCUCCCUUCCUCAAAAUCUUUAAGCCAGAGGCAGCCUUCCUCCCUGAGUGGGUGGGGAUCCCCGCAGACCUGUCCCCCUUACUCAAGCACUAGUGCUAGCCUGUCCUUAGCAACCCCUUCUCCUUUUCCGACUCCCCCAAGAUCAGUUCCAAGGCAUGAGAAGGACUUUGUUACAUGUACAGAAUGUAUAAGUUUGGGCUGCAAGUAACACACGUCCCAGCCGACUGAUUCGAGAACCACAUUCGUGUGUCUCACACAAGACUAGAGAUGGCCCAGCUCCAGGGUUAAUUUAGCAGAUCAACAAAGUCAUGAGGAACACUAGCUCCAUCCAUCUUCAUGCUGUGCCUUCAUCUCCUCUUAGCCCAGUUGCCUCAUGGUCCCCCAAAGGCUGCGAUACAUCCAGCUAUCACAUCCAGAUAACCCCUUGAAGAGGCAGCAGAAAGAGGCUCAUUCUUAUCUUAGGUACAUUUUGAAGAACGAGGGAAACCUUCCUAAGCCCUUCACUAACUUCUCCCCAUAGCUCAUUGGCAGGAAUUGUCAUUGCCCAUGUGGCCCAUUAGGAGGCAAGGCCAAUGAGACCACUGGGACUGGCUUAGCCUCAGGUCUUGCAGCUGGGAAGUUGCCCAGCCACCUCUGAAGGACAUAGCGACUUGCAGAAAGCUGGGCUUUUACCAAGGAAGAAGGGGGAAUGGCUUUAGAGUAGAUAAUGGGGUUGCCCCAAAUGGUUGUGUAGGUUGUUCACUACACAAAGGCACCUGGUAAGGAAGGCAAGUGGGCUGAAACAGACCCAGAAUCUACUCACCAAGCCAGAUGUCCUUGGAUCUGUUUCCACCCAGGGGCUCACUUUUUUCUAAUUUGUCCAUCCAGAAGGGGACCCUUGUUCCACUUUGCACAAAAGCGCCAUAUUGGCUAGUACCUGGUGUGCACCAAGACCAUAUGCUCCACCUCCGCAACCGUGGCUUCCUUGGGCCUGGGGUGACCAUCCAUGAGAACACAGGGACCAGUGUGGCUCAGUGAACUUGAGGGCAUUCCAUUCAUUAUUUCAGUAAAUGGUAUGGCACAUCCAUUCCAUGUCAGGCAGUGAAUACAUGCCACCACAUCCUUCCCUGCUAGACGAUACAUUUGUAACCAUUACCCAGACAUCAAAGACAUGAUAUUUAUCUAACCACCAUUAUGACAACAGUCAUACUGCCAGAUGGUCCCAAGGAUUUUGAGGCUGAGAUGGGAGGAUCACUUGAACCCAGCAACCUGGGACUGUAGUUUGCAGGCUACGAUUGAGCCUGCAAACAGCCACUGCACUCCAGCCUGGGCAACACAGCAAGACCCUAUCUCUAAAAAAAUUUAAAAAGUAAUAACUUAAGGCCUAGUGUGUUGGAUCAUGCUUGUAAUCCCAGAAAUUUGGAAGGCCGAGGUAGGAUUGCUUGAAACCAAGAGUUUGAUACCAG